AUGUCUUCCAGAUCCAUGGACUUCCGGUCAACAUGGUCUCCGAUCGAGGUCCUCAGUUCUCGUCCUGGUUCUGGAAGGCAUUCUACACCCCCAUCUACACCCAAGUCGGAGCGAGCUAAUCAUGACCUGGAGACGGCUCUUCAUUGUCUUGUCUCCGUCAACCCCACUACCUGGAGCCAGAAACUUGUGUGGGUGGAAUACGCCCAUAACACCCUUCCCUGCUUGGCCACUGGUCUCUCGCCCUUCGAAUGUUCCUUGGGAUAUCAGCCCCCGCUCGUCCCUGAGAAAGAGGAAGAAGUCAGAAUAUCCUCUGCCCAGAAGUUUGUCCGCCACUGUCGACGUACCUGGAAAAGAGCCUGGGCUGCUCUUCUCAAGACCACAUCCAGGUAUCAACGACAGGCGGAUCGCCACCGGACCCCUACUACACGCUAUCUGCUCGGGCAUAGGGUCAAGCAUCAACUCCAAGAGCUCCAGCGACAUCCGCACGGCGUCAUUGGCAGAGGAGCAGAUAAUGAUGAAGAUGGCUAUCACCAGAGCCAAGAUGAAAGCGAGGAAGAGUCAGGGAGGCCACCGGGUCAAAGAUACCAAUUCUUAAUCAGAGAGGUACGUGGGGCUGCCUUAAUCGACAUCCACAUCAUCGGUGCCCGGGGGGCAUGUAACGGCUGUUGGAAGGAGAGGACCAAAACGCAGCGUGUCGCCUGGGUUGUGGCUUGGCCAUCGUCUGCCCUAGUGGAGGCAGUACCAGGAAGAACUACUCCUUUAGCAACGACGAGGUGCGGCAGACCGACUGGGAGAAUCAGAGGCUGCUGCGCCAGUUGUCGCGCCCCUCGACCCACUCGCGACCAGGCAGCACUAGUAGCUCCCGUAGGAGAUCCAAUGGAGGAUGAGGGAGUCGGCCCCCUGUCCGCCUCUACCACAGUGCCCUCAACAGACAGCGUGAGCAGCAGCGCAUCGAGAAGGAGAACCUGCUGUGUGUUCUUCUCUUUUUGUGUGUUUAACUUAUCUUUUGUCAUUGGGUGUUUGGCUUUAUUGUUUCAACGUUACAAUGCGUUUAUUGGGAUUUUUGUUUAUUUCAAGCUCAAAUGAGUCAAGACUUGCUUCAAAGUGGAUAUACAGUGUCGUAUUUGCCCCUUUUCUGAUUUUCUCUAUUUUUGCAGCUAAAGGUGGCACAACCAGUUUUUGAGUGUAAGGGGGCAAUUACUUUUUCACACAGGGACAUUGGGUG